GUAACACAUUUGAUGGUACCAUACCAGGAAAAACAGCCACUCAUCCUUUGAGGUACUUAUUUUUCUCAGAAGACCAAAGUGGGAAAAAAAUGAAGAAUUGGACCACCCAUCCACCCAAGGGUUUUGGAGGAAGUCAGCCCACCUUCCACCUUCCAACUUUAAUCUGUCCCCUCCACUUCUAGAAGAAAAGGCAAGCUUGUUCCUAUGACAUCCAUGGACAAGUGCUUGAUGCUGGUCCUCUCAGGGCCCUGCCAGCCUUGAAAGGCCUCAACCUCUUUCCGUGCGCAGCAGCCUGAGGUCUGCCUCCUAUGCACCCCAGCACCCCCAUCAGCUCCCUCUUCUCCUUCACCAGCCCGGCAGUCAAGAGGCUGCUGGGCUGGAAGCAGGGAGAUGAAGAGGAGAAGUGGGCAGAGAAGGCCGUGGACUCUUUGGUGAAGAAGCUAAAGAAGAAGAAAGGAGCCAUGGAUGAGCUGGAGAGGGCGCUGAGCUGCCCAGGCCAGCCUAGCAAGUGUGUCACCAUCCCCAGGUCCCUGGAUGGACGACUGCAGGUGUCCCACCGCAAGGGGCUGCCCCAUGUCAUCUACUGCCGCGUGUGGCGCUGGCCAGACCUGCAGUCCCAUCAUGAGCUGAAGCCCCUGGAAUGCUGUGAGUUCCCCUUCGGCUCCAAGCAGAAGGAGGUCUGCAUCAACCCAUACCAUUACCGCCGCGUGGAGACGCCAGUUCUGCCUCCGGUACUGGUACCAAGACACAGCGAGUACAACCCCCAACUCAGUCUCCUGGCCAAGUUCCGAAGUGCCUCCCUGCACAGCGAGCCCCUCAUGCCGCACAAUGCCACCUACCCGGACUCUUUCCAGCAACCCCUCUGUCCUGCACCUCCCUCCUCGCCAGGCCACGUGUUCCCGCAGUCUCCAUGCCCCGCCAGCUACCCACACUCCCCGGGAAGUCCUACCGAGUCAGACAGUCCAUUUCAACACUCAGACUUUCGGCCAGUUUGCUACGAGGAACCCCAGCACUGGUGCUCUGUUGCCUACUAUGAACUAAACAACCGGGUGGGAGAGACUUUCCAGGCGUCCUCCCGGAGCGUGCUCAUAGACGGCUUCACCGACCCUUCCAAUAACAGGAAUAGGUUCUGUCUUGGGCUUCUUUCAAAUGUGAACAGAAACUCAACAAUAGAAAACACCAGGAGGCACAUUGGAAAAGGUGUGCAUCUGUACUACGUUGGGGGCGAGGUGUAUGCAGAAUGCGUGAGCGACAGCAGCAUCUUCGUCCAGAGCCGGAACUGCAACUACCAGCACGGCUUCCACCCCGCCACUGUCUGCAAGAUCCCCAGCGGCUGCAGCCUCAAGGUCUUCAACAACCAGCUCUUCGCCCAGCUGCUCGCUCAGUCAGUGCACCACGGCUUUGAGGUUGUGUACGAGCUGACCAAGAUGUGCACGAUUCGGAUGAGCUUUGUGAAGGGCUGGGGAGCUGAAUAUCAUCGUCAGGAUGUCACAAGCACCCCCUGCUGGAUUGAGAUUCAUCUUCAUGGACCACUGCAGUGGCUGGACAAGGUUUUAACUCAGAUGGGCUCCCCACAUAACCCCAUUUCUUCAGUGUCUUAACAGUCACGUCGUCGGCUACAUUUCCACAGAAUAGAUGCAGGCAGUGGUUCCUGCAGCCAACGGAAGCUUUUGGAUGCAGAUGUAAAUACAUAUAAUGUAUACUAUUCACAUUUUAUCACUAUUUUUUUGUGUGUGUGCUACUAGUUAACCCGGGACUAGUACAGUGUGGUUGAAGAAGAAUGUUUUCCAGGCCAGUGCUAGAAUGAGAAGCCAUGUCUUUGGUGAGAGGGGAGACAGCAUGUGAAGGGCAUUGACCACUCUAGUCAGCUUGUCACGGUACAGAAUGUCAUGCCUGCUAGUGUAAACAUAAAGCUGCUUACAAUAAGAAAAAGAGAAAAAUAAAAGAAUAGUGUUUAGGAGCACUAGAGCAAAACCGAAUCAAAUCUACAUAGUUUCAAAGCUCUCAUUUUCAAUGUGAAUGGCAAGAAAGAAAAUCAAACUCGUUCAGUGAUCUGUGGGAUAAACCUCAGAAACUCUAUCUCUGAAGUUGGAAUAGGCAAAGCCGGCUUCUGGGCCGACGUCAGCGGUACGUUUAAACAGAUUGAAACUGUGAUUGGAAACGGAGAAACUGUGAAGCUUAGAGUCACGUCACCGCUGCUUAAAAACAAAAGAGACUGAUAAGGGGAAACAGCCUGGAGGAGCCAUGACCCUGAGUGUUAGAACAGAAUUCGGUCCCAAGGAGCACAGAGGGCUCCUGCUUCCAGUUAGGCUCCAGCUUCCGGUUCUCCCGGCCAGGUAGCCUUGCGGAUGGCCGUGUCUGCCUGUGCACACUAUGUGCAAGCCCUGUGCAGGGACAGAGCUGUAUAAGGUGGGAGGAGCAUCGUGUGGCCACUUGCACUGUCCAACGUGCGCAGACUGAAGCCUCCAAGGCAGGGCACCCCUUUGCCACAUCUUGCCGCCUGGUGACAAAUAUAAUUAGUUUCAAUGAUUAAAACAACAGCAAAGCCUCGGGGCAAUCUAGAAGCCCCUCUGGGUCAUAUUUAUAUAGUACUUAGCCUGGCACCUGUGUUGGCUGAAACACCUGGAUAUAACUUCCCAAGUGCAGUAGGGAUGCUUCAUCUGGCCUACAUUUUUGAGGAGACAGAGGUAGUGAACAAGAGAGCAUCUUUAGAAAUGUGUAUAUACGUGCAUAUGGCUCUGUGCAUGUAUCCUUAAAGUCUGCUAUUUCUGUCUUUGGAUGAUAAAGGGAAAAUUUCCUUCCGAUUUCAUGGCAUGUGCCUCGCGAUGAUUACCACAUUGCUUGUAAGUUUACUUCAUGCCCUUUGGUGAAGCACAUUCUUUAAGAUGGUGUUUGUGCUUGUGAAGGAUAGAGCUUCUGGAAUCUGAGUUUCCUUCGUUUAAUCUGUUCUACCUAGCAUCAAUGCAUAUGCAUUUGUUGCUCCCAUCCAAUUGUAUGUAAGAUAGAUAUAUGACAAGUUAUACUCACAAUGCCUAACUGUAUCUAUAAAACCUAUCAUAUAUAUAUCAUAAAUAUGUAUGAUAUAUACAUAUCAUUUCUGUCUCGCAUUAAAGCCUGGGAGCCCACUUAGAGUGUAGAAAGAUCCAAGCUCACUGAUUCAUGCAGUCUGCCUCGUGCAUUUGUGUGUACCAGGUACAAUGUCAGGUGCCGCGGAAUCAAAUGUACAUCAGAGGCAGUCCCCACUUCCAGGGGGCCACAAAUCUAACAGCAAGUCAUUUGCCCAGACAUCAGAUCUCAGAACUUUUAAGAUCCACACAAGCAAAUUUUCUUGGGCUUGGAAAAAAAAAUGUCAUCAAGUUCUUAAUGAUUACUCUGUUGAAAUUUUAUGUCUUUUCAGAACAACUAGGUAAUUUAUCUUUGCAUAAGUGCCACUCUUAUUCCUUGCCACCCCACCUCCUUGUAUCCCUAUAUUCCUGAUAGUUCCCCCAGCUUCGUUUUUUGGAGAAGUCAUUGCUAUGGCAGAUCUUUUCUGAGUAGCCACACAAGGCUACAAAGUAUUUGUCCCAGAUGUCCAGCAGUCCUCUUGCUCUCUUCCACAGUGGUUAAACACCCUCUGGCGAUAAUGUAGCUUUACUGCACUGUUCAGAGGUAGAAGCUUCCAGAUGUGGUGGAGGCACACUGGGGAGGCAGAGGCAGGUGGAUCUCUGUGAAUUCAAUGCAGCCUGGACUACACAGUGAGUCUCAAGACAAAAGGGACAGUCUGUCUCAAAACAAAAGUGGAAGCUUAAAAACAAAAUUUAAAAAAAUGAAACAAACCAAUUGACUUCCUUGCAAUAUUAAGAAAGCAGACUAAAUAUCUAAGUGUGCCUGAUUUCUUUGAGAAAGGAAUCAGGACGUAGGUGCAUAUAUACCAUCAGAGAAUUUAGCAUUAAAGAGAUGCUAGCCCUCUGCUUAUGUAACAUAGUCACAUUUUAAUUGGUUCCCCCCCUCCUUUGACUGCUAAGGGAUCUAAAAUAUCAUAAUGUAAUACUUAAGACUCCUUUGACCAUUUGACAUACAGUCCAUGAAACAGACAAGCAAAAAUACGCUGCGUGGUUUUGUUUUGCAGGAUCAAGAGGACAGUGGGCAGGCCAGGUCCUUACCCACUGCAGACCUCGGUCCAGUUGUCCUGGGCGGGGGUCAUGCAAUGCAGAACUGCACGGGUCUGGUCUGCCCACAAGAGGCUGGAUGCUUAUCACCCUGUCCGAGUCAGUGUUUGUGUGAGCCUUCACAAAAAUAAGACCUGGCUACUUUGUUUCAGCCAGGUGAUAAUGUUACCAGCUGCCUUUUAGCAACAAUUUGGGUAUUCUGUUGCAUAGCCAGCAAAAGUGGCAACCUCACUAGCAUUUAGAAUCCUCUUUUCAUUGUAGUCUAAGGAUCGAGUUAUCCCCAUAAUGACAGCAGGAAGAACAGUAGCAAAAGCAUUUUAUAAACAUCGCCUACUGGAUGUCAAGCUCCUGCUUAAUUCUGAAUGUGUUCCAGAUAUUUUAUGUAUAUAUUUAAUAAAGCAAAAAUAUUCCAUGCAUUCCACAUCUUCUCAGCUGCUAGGAUUCAGCAGCUGAACUGUACAGGGUGGGUAACCCUCACAUAUGUUAAAGAUAAGUUCAAAUGAGUAUAGAACAGACCACCAAGAGAUGCCUUUGAUCCAGCAGCCUCGCUUUCUGUCUUGAAAAUGCUAUACACAUCUGGUGGUUCAUGGUAGACAAUGCUGUAAAUACAUCUUGGGCUCGUUUUUUUUCUUUCGAACUUUAGAUAGCAAUUCUAUGUAUGUGAUCUGUGGUUCCUUAAGAUGCUUAAUCAUAAGCUAUCCUACUAGGAAAAUGGGAUUUUAAGACUUCAUGCUGUAAAAACAUUGGCGGCACUUUAAAAAAGAGAUCUUGAAGUAAUCAGCAUUUUAUGUGUAAUUUUAAGGAUACCUUACUGAAAUUAGGGGUGGUUGACAACCUCUCCCCAACUUAGCGCCAGGCCACAACUAAAUAAACCUUUGCAUGAUGAAAUAUUGGAAGUAAAACGUGAACCUAAUACACAUCGUCAGUUGAGCAUCCUACCUUAGCGACUCAGCACUGUGCAUGUUAGUCAAGGAGUGUGUAUAUAGUAAGAGCAUUAGCAGGUGGUGCGUCAAACACCUGGAUGUGUAAGGAAAACUGUCACUCAAAAUCAUUUAUUUUUCAUAUGCCGUGAAAUAUGUCUAAUUGAUUAAACUGUUUUCUAAGAGAA